AGGGUUUAAUAUUAGUGAUCGAUGAGGAGUAACAGUAAAUGGAGAAAGGAAAAAUGGGAGAAAUAAGGAAGGACUGGGUGACAAACCGGUGGGUGAUAUUCUCACCGGCCAGAGCCAAGCGACCUUCGGACUUCAAAUCCAAAUCACCGGCGACGCCAACCCAACAACAAUAUCAACAAUCUUGUCCCUUUUGUCUUGGCAACGAGCACGACUGCGCUCCCGAAAUCUUCCGGGUUCCACCCGACGACCCCAAAUGGAAUCUCCGAGUGAUCCAGAACAUGUACCCGGCGCUGAGCCGUGCGGAUGUCCCCGUCCCUGUCCCUGCCCAGGAGGAGUCCUACUCCUCCUUGGGUCAGGUCAUGACUGGGUUCGGGUUCCACGACGUGGUGGUUGAGACCCCGCUUCACUCUGUUCAGCUCUCCGAUCUUUCCCCAACUCAGAUCGCCCAUGUUCUUCGGGCCUAUACCACCAGGAUCCAACACUUGAUCACUAAUCAUUCCAUCAAAUACGUCCAGGUGUUCAAAAACCAUGGUGCUUCAGCUGGGGCAUCAAUGAGUCACUCUCACAGUCAGAUGAUGGCUCUGCCUAUUGUUCCUCCUGCUGUUGCUGCUCGACUUGACUCUAUGAAGGACUAUUUUAAUCGGACUGGCAAAUGUAGUAUCUGUGAAUUCAACUCGAACGAUCUUUUGAUCCAUGCAUCGCCCCAUUUUAUUUCAAUUGUACCUUAUGCUGCUACAUUUCCCUUCGAGAUGUGGAUCAUUCCUCUCACUCACUCUCCUCAUUUCCAUGAACUUGAUGCUGACAAGGCAGUUGACCUUGGGGGGAUCCUGAAGCUCAUGCUUCGGAAGAUGGCUUUGCAGUUGAAUAAUCCACCAUUUAAUUUCAUGAUUCAGACUUCUCCUCUUCAGGACGGUGCUUCAGAGUUACCUCACUCCCAUUGGUUCUUGCAAAUAAUACCCCAGUUAAGUGUUGCAGCUGGUUUUGAAAUUGGAACUGGCUGUUACAUAAAUCCAGUCUUCCCAGAGGAUGCAGCAAAAGUUUUGAGGGAAGUAAAUGUUUUACCUUUGGAAGGAGAUGACUAAAAUAAUUCGGUAGCAUAGUACGUCUUAAAAAACUAAAAAUUAGAAAUAAAAAUUGUGAAAAUAUUCCUACUUUGUAUAAGAAAACCAAUGUGCUCCUAUUGUUAUCAUAAAAUCUCCUAUGAGUUUUGGUGCUUGAAACACUAUUAUCUCACCACUCCACAUACAUGAGUACCUGUUGUGUCCAUUGAUGUGGAUGGAUGUAAUCUCUAUAUCUAUUUCAUUUUUUCAUCUCAA